GGAUACAGUUUUGGAAAAUGAAGAUUGUAUGUUCAUUUUAUCACAGAUGUCGCGGUGUAAAAGGCACGCUCACAAUUACACUCUCAGAAUCGGUAAUAAAAUCUAACUCUCCAAUCCUGUAAAAUUGUUUGGUUAGGGUUGAGGAUUGUAAACAAGCAAUGGAUAUGAAUGAUCUGAUUAAAAAUAUUAACACUAUACCAGACUUAUCAAAGGGAUUGAUAUGUAGGACUUGUUUAGUUCCUCUUCAAGACGAAACAAAUCAGAUCAUUUAUAAUGACGAUAUUUAUAAGAAGCUAAUGAAUUGUACAACAAUAACGGUGGCUGAAGGUGAUGGUUUGCCAAUAUAUAUCUGUUAUAACUGCAUGCAACAACUUUCUAUUGUCUGUAAAUUUAAAGUCCAAGUGGAAUCUUCAGACAAUACUUUAAGGCAGUUUGUUGAAUACAGAAACAGUUUAAAAAAUGAAGUUUCUAGAGAUGAAAUAAUUGAUGUAUUAAAAACUGAAGAAGCAAACAAAGUUGAAUUAGAAUGUGUAAAUGAGGACACUGAUAAUAGUCAUUCUGAGAAUGAUGAUCAAGAUGAUCCAGAUUGUGAUUACAAAAAUGACAGCAAUGAUACUGAUGAAGAUGUUAAGGAAUGCAAAUCUUGUGGUUUGGAAAUAAGUGAAGAUAAUAAACACAACUGUAGAAAAAAACUGUUACGAAAACGAGGCAAAGAAAAGUUUGAUGAUUUUUGUAGUAAAUGUGGUGAAGAAAUUGAUCUGGAAACUAAUGAGAAACAUAAAUGUAAAAAGAGAUCCAACAGUAAAUAUAUAAAAAAGAAACCUGAACAAGAAUGUAUUGAAUGUAAAAAGAAGUUCCCUUCUAAGGUAGCUCUUAAGGAACAUAUGAAAGGACAUGGCAUUAUUCAUAAGAAUUAUACAUGUAAUGAUUGUGGCAAAAAGUAUAAUUCUCAAUAUGAUCUAACAGUACAUCUUAGAAAACAUACAGGAUUAAGGCCAUAUGUAUGUAACAUUUGCCAUAAGAGUUUCACAGAUCCUAGAAGUUUCAAGAAACAUGAAAAAAUACAUACAGGUGACAAACAGCAUCAGUGUGAUAUAUGUGGUAAAAGUUUCAUUCAUUAUUAUACUCUGAAAUCACAUAAAUUAAUACAUUCUGGACAGAAGCCUUAUGUAUGUGUGACUUGUGGACAUGCUUGUGGUACUGCUUCACAAUUGAAGCUACACAAUAGACGCCACACACAAGAAAAACCAUAUUUAUGCAGUCUGUGUCCAAAGACAUUUGCUCAUAAGUCAGGACUGUCUGAUCACCAGUUGAGGCACAGUGGUCAGAGAAAUUUUAUUUGCUCAAUAUGUGGUAAAGGAUCAAGAACUUCCCAAGACUUGAGUACACAUCUAAAAACUCAUAGUGACAAUAGGCCUUAUAAGUGUAAAUAUGUGGAGGGUUGUGAGAAAAGCUACAAAACUAAUAGCCAAUUGAGAGCUCAUAUUAGAUCCCAUACAGGAGAGAAAAAUCACUUAUGUACUGUGUGUCCAAAAGCAUUCAGUGAUUCUAGUCAAUUAAGAGUUCAUAUGAACAUUCAUAAAGGAAUCAAGCCUUUUGAAUGCAAUGUUUGUGGCAGCAAAUUUAGCCAGUCAGGUUCAUUGAGAACUCAUAUGAAAACUCAUGUAAUUGAGGAUGUAAAAUAUGAGAAGACAUUCACCCAAUUGUGUUAAUUUUUGUGUAAAAUUAUUUUGUAUUACAAAGAAAAAAUGUUUUUAAUUAUUUUGACAAUGUCACAUAUAGCUAUAUUAAUAUGUAAUAUUUGAUUUAUUAUCCAUAUUUAUUUGUUAAUUGUAUUUAUUCAUGUAAGUAAAUUUUUAUGAAUUUAUCACUUUUCAUUAUUAAAUAAAUUUUUUUU